UGGUGGAGUGGUGGUCGCCAGUCGCCAUUUUGUUCGUAAUAUAAUAACUUGUUCCGAUUAUAGUGAUUGCGCUGGUGUAUUUUAGAAAGAGGAAAAAUGUCACGUUACGGUGACUGCAAAGUAUAUGUUGGAGAUUUAGGUAACAAUGCAAGCAAACCUGAACUUGAAGAUGCAUUUUCAUAUUAUGGACCUCUAAGAAAUGUCUGGGUAGCAAGAAACCCGCCCGGCUUUGCUUUUGUAGAAUUUGAAGACCCUCGUGACGCCGAAGAUGCGAUACGUGGUCUGGAUGGACGCACAAUUUGUGGUCGACGUGCUCGUGUAGAGAUGUCUAACGGCGGGCGAGGUUAUGGCGGUCGGGGCCCUCCACCACGCUCUCGCUUACCUCCUAGACCGUAUGAUGACCGCUGCUAUGAUUGUGGAGACAGAGGACAUUACGCUCGGGACUGCACACGCCGUCGGCGCCGCAGUCGGUCAAGGUCCCGUCGUCGCACGCGCUCCCGCUCGCCGCGCUCCGGAUCCCGUUCCCGCAGUCGCAGCCGCUCCCGCUCCCGCUCUAAGGCACGGUCUAUGUCGCGGUCAAGAUCUCGUUCUCCAUCCAAAGACUCGAAAAAAUCUAACUAAAAAUAUUACAUUGUAAUAUACCUUAUUUUUUAUGUACACAACCUUCAACCUUCAAGAAACCUUUUGACAGUUAAAUAAGGGCCAGUAUGUAUCUAACGCAUGUGUCGAAUAGCGCCCGAACAAAUAUACCUAGAUACAAUUAAACAACAACUUUUGACGCCCUACCAAUGCUGAUGUCACAUAGUGUGUCGAGCUAACAGUCGUUAGAUCCCAGUGGCAUUUAUUUGAUAACUACUACCUACGUUCGGCACAUGUUCCGUUAGUUAUGAACCAACCCUUAAAAAUUUAUCAUUCCUGUGUAUGUGUAUUGUUUUGAUUUUAUAAGUUGAAGAACGA